AUGUUUGCAUCUCACGAGCAAAAGAGCCACGAUGGCGCUCAUGAUAGUGACAAGAAGAACCGCUGUACAUCAUUGGUACAGGGUGCACCUGACGUGAUGGAGGGGUUGGUCCUCAAACACGUUCUUGGCUAUGCUCUCAAUGACAGCACCACAGACUUUGCCUCGUUCACAGCAGUCAACAAGGAAUGGAAUGGAACCGUCAAGAGCUUGAUACUUCCAGCCAUGUUCCAAAUCACGAAGACGUUUUUGAAGGGUGGUCGAGCGAUAGUCGCCAAGGAUUUGCCUCUCGUGACUACUGUGCUGCGUUCUCUGGAAGACCGAAACUCACCACUCUACCGACUGGACUCAGCUGACGGAGAAGAGUGGCCUACUUUGCAGCCCCAAUUUGGCGUUGAUUUGUUCCUAUUCGUCUACAAGACAUGCGGGUCAUCGGAUUUGAAGAAACAAGGCUCGAAAGCAGAGCAGCAGAAUUUGUCACCAGAGAUGUAUGAGCUGUUGUGUAACUAUCUGAAGACUAAUGCAGAGAACCGGGCGCAAAAAAUCAUCCAGAUACUCAGCAAAGCCGGGGGCACUUCCGUUGUGCCGGUUGUUGACAUAUUCAAAGAGCUGGUUGGUCAUCUGAUUGCUUGGAUUGGGAUUGUCCACACCGUGGAGAUCAUGUCGCACUAUCUAGGCCCGAAAAAAGUCAAGAAGCUCACUGAACAUGCUCAGGCCUGUUUUGUUACAGAGCUGCUGCAAGCUCCGGGUACGUGCAAGAUGCUGGGGCGGCUUUUGAAGCCUGCUCACCUCAACAUUGCAAUGGUACCCAAGAAGGUCUUAUUGCAAGCAUAUGAGGUCAUCAAGGCCAUUGAAUCCUUUCAUCCUGCAGUGGUCCGUCAGUGGAAGGAAGGAGUUGGCGAUACUCUUGACGAGUUCUUAGGCAGCUUCCGGCAACAGAUCAAAGCUGAAGUUGAACAAUCCACUAUGACAGAUAAGGCUAUCGAGUUCUAUGCAAUCAACGAGCAGCAGCCCAUUUCAAGUGACAAUGUGUGUAAACUUGGAUUGUCUCUGGCACCACCACAAGACUUGGUCCGCCAGGAGUUCCCCCGGCAUGCUCAGUUCGUGGAAUCCAUGGAUCCAGAGGAAUUGGUUGCGCUCUCGUUCUCCUCCUUCCUGCUCGGUUUGGGACAGUUCCAACUAUUAGUGUUCGCCGUUUCCGUCAAUCUCCGGCUGAUGGGACCACAGGCGGAUCGUAUUCGAGCAUGGUUGGACGACCGUGCAAAUGCAAAUUGA